AUGGACAAAGAGGAGAGAAUUUCACAGCCCAAUUCUGCUCAAAGUGACGAUGCGGCAAUCUUUUCUCCCGUUCUGACUAUUCUGAAUCUUAGGUCUCUUCCGACCUUAUGUGCUCUUACUCGAAAAGCAUCAGCAGAUUUCGUGGAAGACCCAGAAGCCCCCAUUGAGCCAAUAGUUGUUGAAUCUCCACUUUUUGGUUCCUACCAUGCAUUAUUCCCAAUUCGAUUUCAAGAUGGGUUGCGUUGGAUCCUUAAGAUUCCAGCCUGUGGGACACCCGAGCAAUUCACCGCGUCUGCCGCAUCAGCACUUCAAUCUGAAGCUUUGACUAUGAAACUGAUUCAACGCGAAACCUCAGUCCCAAUUCCUGACGUGUUUGCAUUUAGCUCAACAUUGGAUAAUGAACUUGGAGUUCCUUAUAUCCUCAUGAAGUUCAUGCCAGGGAAAUCUCUUUAUGACUGUUGGUUUGACAUGAAGGUCUCGAAGGAAGAACGAAGAUUACGCCGCAAGAAUACCCUAGAGGAUAUUGCUCAAGCAAUGGCUGAACUGAGCAAGUUCUCGUUUUCUACUGGUGGUGCCCUAAUGUAUGAUGCAGAAGGAAACUUAGCUCACCCUGGUCCACUGAGAUUUAUUGACCAUCAGGCAAUGCUUGAGCGGCUUGGGCAAAGUGAUGAUGAUGACAUUGAACCAACAUUAUAUUUUGAAGCUGGCCCCUUUACAGAUCCACAAGAUUUCUACCUUCUCUCACUUAACCAAGCAAAGGAGCCAGAGCAACCUUUUCAUAAAGGAAUGUGGAAGCUUCUUUAUCUUCUUUUACAAUGGAUUCCAACACCACAAAGCCCAACAUUUGUGCUCACACAUCCAGACUUGAAUUUCCAGAAUGUCCUUGUCUCUGAGGAUGGGAGGGUGCAGGCCUUAAUUGACUGGGAUGGUGUGGCGGCAGUUCCCCGUCUAGUGGGAAAUGAAAAAUUUCCUUCUUGGCUCACUCGAGAUUGGGAUCCGGCGAUGUACGCAUGGAAUGAGGAAAUGGAAAAAGGCAUUGAACAAGAUACGUUGUGGGAAGACUCUCCAGAGACCCUUGUCUUGCAUCGCAGAGAGUAUAGCAACUUUAUGGAGCGGUAUCAAUCUCUGCGAGGACAAUCUCUCCCAUCAUCUCCUGCUGUUAAAGAAUCGUCCAUAACGCAGAAGUCACUUUUUGUCGAGAACCUGGUUAUUGCAGCUGAGAACCCCCUUUGCAGAUUCGAGAUUCUUAACAAAUUUGUUGAAAAGAUUGUUGAACUGGCGCGAGCGAACUCUUUGGAUUGUAUCAGCAACAAAUAUCAGGAUUUGGAGAUAUUUGAUAUAACAGAUAAUCUGGUAACAGGUGAAAUGGAACAGGAAAUGCUGAACUUUCUGAGGAAGGGCUUUGAUAGUUUGCUGAGUCAAAAUGUAAUGUGA